AUGGCUGCCGCCGCGAUCAAGGAGACCGUCUCCAAUUUGUUUCACAGCCAUCCCGAGAACACUCUUCGGGAGCCAUCUUUCGAAGAGUUUCAGCAGCUCAAACAGAAGUAUACUGAUGCUGGCCAAGGACACGUUUUCGCCUUUGUCGAUGAGUUGAAGUCUGCAGAAAAGUCUCAGUUGUUUCACCAACUGAGCAAUUUCGACCCCAACCGAAUCAACGAAUUAGCCGACGAAGCCUUGAACCCCCCAAAGACCCAAGAAGGUCCCGCUUCGCUGGAGCCCCUGCCUGAUCUGGCCACCGCCUCGAUCUUGGAUUCGGACCCUAGCGACAUUCAGAGAUGGUAUGAGGAAGGACUUCAUUUGGUCGCGGGCAACAAGGUAGCUGUCGUCCUGAUGGCUGGUGGACAGGGGACACGCCUAGGUAGCUCAGCUCCUAAAGGCUGCUUCGACAUCGGCCUUCCCAGCCACAAGUCUCUCUUCCAAAUCCAAGCCGAGCGCAUCGCCAAGCUGCAGCUUCUGGCCAAGAAUGUCACUGGAAAGGACGCUGCCAUUCCAUGGUAUGUGAUGACUAGUGGUCCUACUCGCAAGCCGACGGAGGAGUUCUUCCGCCAGCACAACUAUUUCGGUUUGCACAAGAGCAAUGUGGUUAUCUUUGAACAAGGUGUCUUGCCCUGUAUCUCCAACGAAGGCAAGAUCCUGAUGGAAAGCAAGUCCAAGGCAGCCGUGGCUCCUGAUGGCAAUGGUGGUAUCUAUCUCGCCCUCCUCACCUCCGGCGUUAGGGAGGAUAUGCGCAAGCGCGGAAUCGAGCACAUUCACACCUACUGUGUCGAUAACUGUCUCGUGAAGGUUGCAGACCCCGUCUUCAUCGGUUUUGCCGCCUCGAAGAACGUCGAUAUCGCCACCAAGGUAGUUCGCAAGCGCAACGCUACUGAAUCCGUGGGUUUGAUUCUCCAGAAGAAUGGCAAGCCUGAUGUCGUCGAAUACUCCGAGAUUGAUAAGGAGACAGCCGAGGCCAAAGACCCCAAGCAGCCCGACGUGCUCAAGUUCCGCGCGGCCAAUAUUGUCAACCACUACUAUUCCUUCCGUUUCUUUGAAUCGAUUGAGACAUGGAGCCAUAAGCUGCCUCAUCACGUGGCCCGCAAGAAGAUUCCCUGCAUCAACAUCGAGACUGGCGAAUUCUUCAAGCCGGAAAAACCCAACGGAGUCAAGCUCGAGCAAUUUGUUUUCGAUGUCUUCCCCAUGACACCACUGGAAAAAUUUGCGUGCAUUGAAGUGCGCCGCGAGGACGAAUUCUCGCCGCUCAAGAACGCUCGGGGCACUGGCGAGGAUGACCCGGACACUAGCAAGGCAGACAUUAUGAACCAGGGACAGCGCUGGAUUGAGAAGGCGGGUGGUGUUGUGGUCACCGAGGGUGAAGCAAGCGGUGUUGAAGUCUCCCCAUUGAUCAGCUACGGCGGUGAAGGACUACAAUUCCUCAAAGGCCGCGAAAUUAAGGCCCCAGCGGUUAUUGAGAAGGAGGAGUAA